GCACCGCCUGCCCCCGCCCGCUUCCCCUCCCCCGGCUCCCAUCAUCACCAACUGGAAUCUGGGCUCCUGCCUCUCCACCCCCCACCUUUUUUGAGAAAGGCAGGUCCCCCACCCCCUUUGAAAAACCACUUCCUUCGGCUUCUUCACCUCUAGGAAAUCUCGGGGCUUUGCUCUAUCGAAAGUGUUCGUGUGGGUGAUUUUUGAGCCCCACAACCCAGAAGUCCUGGCGUCCGAAUGCAUUUUCCUUUGCUUUGCAAAGAAGAGUCGUGAACUUCAAAACCCUCCGAGACGGAUUAUUAAUCCUGCUCUGCAGGAAAGGAAAACCCUCAAUCCGCGGCCAACGGCCACCCCUCUCCGGAGACCCUGCAAUCGCCGAGGCGCUCCGAGCCGGAAGGGGACGAUUUGGGAAUGACCAUGCUCCACGGAGGGACAGAGCCGGCCCCCAGCUUCUCUACACAGAGCCUCCUCCACUAAAGCUCCAAAAAUCAAAAACCGUAAUUGCCAGAAGAAUCAUUAAAAAAAAAUAGUCCAGCCACUAACCUCACAUGCAAACGGAAUAAUCACUCUGGAUUCUGCAUUGUGAGCUGCUCUCCAUAGCCUGCAUUACCUUUGAAUUCCAUUUUUUUUCUUUGAAUUUGCAUCUCUUCAAGACACAAGAUUAAAACAAAAUUCACGCUAAAUUGGAUUUUAAAUGAUCUUCCUUUUAUUUAUCCUUCGUCUUUCUUAUGUGGAUAUGCAAGCGAGAAGAGACGCCUGGACAUUCCCAACAUGCUUACUCCCUUAAUCUGUCCGUCUAGAGGUUUGGCUGCUACAAACCAAGGGAGUCGACGAGUUGAAGAUGAAGCCCAGAGCAGAGUGCUGUUCUCCCAAGUUCUGGUUGGUGCUGGCUGUCCUGGCCGUGUCAGGCAGCAGAGCUCGCUCUCAGAAGAGCCCUCCCAGCAUCGGCAUUGCUGUCAUCCUUGUGGGCACUUCGGACGAGGUGGCCAUCAAGGAUGCCCACGAGAAAGAUGAUUUCCACCAUCUCUCUGUGGUGCCCCGUGUGGAGCUGGUAGCCAUGAACGAGACAGACCCAAAGAGCAUCAUCACCCGCAUCUGUGAUCUCAUGUCUGACCGGAAGGUCCAGGGGGUGGUGUUUGCUGAUGACACAGACCAAGAAGCCAUCGCCCAGAUUCUUGACUUCAUUUCAGCCCAGACUCUCACCCCCAUCCUGGGCAUCCAUGGGGGCUCCUCCAUGAUAAUGGCAGACAAGGAUGAAUCCUCCAUGUUCUUCCAGUUUGGCCCAUCGAUUGAACAGCAAGCCUCUGUGAUGCUCAACAUCAUGGAGGAGUAUGACUGGUACAUCUUCUCCAUCGUCACCACCUACUUCCCUGGCUACCAGGACUUUGUAAACAAGAUUCGCAGCACCAUCGAGAACAGCUUCGUGGGCUGGGAGUUAGAGGAAGUCCUCCUGCUGGACAUGUCCCUGGAUGAUGGAGAUUCUAAGAUCCAGAACCAGCUCAAGAAACUUCAAAGCCCCAUCAUUCUUCUUUAUUGCACUAAGGAGGAAGCCACCUACAUCUUUGAAGUGGCUAACUCGGUCGGGCUGACUGGCUACGGCUACACGUGGAUUGUGCCUAGUCUGGUGGCCGGGGAUACAGACACAGUGCCCUCGGAGUUCCCCACCGGGCUGAUCUCUGUGUCCUACGAUGAAUGGGACUACGGCCUCCCUGCCAGAGUGAGGGAUGGAAUCGCCAUCAUCACCACCGCCGCUUCCGACAUGCUGUCCGAACACAGCUUCAUCCCCGAGCCCAAGAGCAGUUGUUACAACACCCACGAGAAGAGAAUCUACCAGUCCAAUAUGCUAAAUAGGUAUCUGAUCAAUGUCACUUUUGAGGGGAGAAAUCUGUCCUUCAGUGAAGAUGGCUACCAGAUGCACCCGAAACUGGUGAUCAUCCUUCUGAACAAGGAGAGGAAAUGGGAGAGGGUGGGGAAGUGGAAAGACAAGUCCCUGCAGAUGAAGUACUACGUGUGGCCCCGAAUGUGUCCUGAGACCGAAGAGCAGGAGGAUGACCACCUGAGCAUCGUAACGCUGGAGGAGGCCCCGUUUGUCAUUGUGGAAAGCGUGGACCCUCUGAGUGGCACCUGCAUGAGGAACACAGUCCCCUGCCAAAAACGCAUCAUCUCUGAAAAUAAAACAGAUGAGGAGCCAGGUUACAUCAAAAAAUGCUGCAAGGGGUUCUGUAUUGACAUCCUUAAGAAAAUUUCUAAAUCUGUGAAGUUCACCUACGAUCUGUACCUGGUUACCAACGGCAAGCAUGGGAAGAAAAUCAACGGAACCUGGAAUGGUAUGAUUGGCGAGGUGGUCAUGAAGAGGGCCUACAUGGCGGUGGGCUCUCUCACCAUCAACGAGGAGCGGUCGGAGGUGGUCGACUUCUCCGUGCCCUUCAUAGAGACCGGCAUCAGUGUCAUGGUGUCACGCAGCAAUGGGACCGUCUCACCUUCUGCCUUCUUAGAGCCAUUCAGCGCCGACGUGUGGGUGAUGAUGUUCGUCAUGCUGCUCAUCGUCUCGGCCGUGGCCGUCUUCGUCUUCGAGUACUUCAGCCCCGUGGGGUACAACAGGUGCCUGGCCGACGGCAGAGAGCCAGGCGGCCCAUCUUUCACCAUCGGCAAAGCUAUUUGGCUGCUCUGGGGUCUCGUGUUUAACAACUCCGUCCCUGUGCAGAACCCAAAGGGGACCACCUCCAAGAUCAUGGUGUCGGUGUGGGCCUUCUUUGCUGUCAUCUUCCUGGCCAGCUACACUGCCAAUUUAGCUGCCUUCAUGAUCCAGGAGGAGUACGUGGACCAGGUUUCCGGCCUGAGUGACAAAAAGUUCCAGAGACCUAAUGACUUCUCACCCCCUUUCCGCUUUGGCACCGUGCCCAAUGGCAGCACAGAGAGGAAUAUUCGCAAUAACUACGCAGAGAUGCACGCCUACAUGGGAAAGUUCAACCAGAGGGGUGUGGACGAUGCAUUGCUCUCCCUGAAAACAGGGAAACUGGACGCCUUCAUCUACGAUGCCGCAGUGCUGAACUACAUGGCGGGCAGAGACGAAGGCUGCAAGCUGGUGACCAUUGGCAGCGGGAAGGUCUUUGCGUCCACGGGUUAUGGCAUUGCCAUCCAAAAGGAUUCUGGGUGGAAGCGCCAGGUGGACCUUGCUAUCCUGCAGCUCUUCGGAGAUGGGGAGAUGGAGGAGCUGGAAGCUCUGUGGCUCACAGGGAUCUGCCACAACGAGAAGAACGAGGUGAUGAGCAGCCAGCUGGACAUUGACAACAUGGCGGGCGUCUUCUACAUGCUGGGGGCGGCCAUGGCCCUCAGCCUCAUCACCUUCAUCUGCGAGCACCUUUUCUACUGGCAGUUCCGGCACUGCUUUAUGGGCGUCUGCUCCGGCAAGCCUGGCAUGGUCUUCUCCAUCAGCAGAGGUAUCUACAGCUGCAUCCACGGCGUGGCCAUCGAGGAGCGCCAAUCCGUGAUGAAUUCCCCCACCGCCACCAUGAACAACACACACUCCAACAUCCUGCGUCUGCUCCGCACGGCCAAGAACAUGGCCAACCUGUCGGGCGUGAACGGCUCUCCGCAGAGCGCCCUGGACUUCAUCCGCCGCGAGUCGUCCGUCUACGACAUCUCCGAGCACCGCCGCAGCUUCACGCACUCCGACUGCAAGUCCUACAACAACCCGCCCUGCGAGGAGAACCUCUUCAGCGACUACAUCAGCGAGGUGGAGAGGACCUUCGGCAACCUGCAGCUGAAGGACAGCAACGUGUACCAGGACCACUACCACCACCACCACCGGCCCCACAGCAUCGGCAGCGCCAGCUCCAUCGACGGGCUCUACGACUGCGACAACCCGCCCUUCUCCACGCAGCCGCGGCCCGUCAGCAAGAAGCCCCUGGACAUCGGCCUCCCCGCCUCCAAGCACAGCCAGCUGGGCGACCUGUACGGCAAGUUCUCCUUCAAGAGCGACCGCUACAGCGGCCACGACGACCUGAUCCGCUCCGACGUGUCCGACAUCUCCACGCACACGGUCACCUACGGGAACAUCGAGGGCAACGCGGCCAAGAGGCGGAAGCAGCAGUACAAGGACAGCCUGAAGAAGCGGCCGGCCUCGGCCAAGUCCCGCCGCGAGUUCGACGAGAUCGAGCUGGCCUACCGCCGCCGGCCGCCCCGCUCCCCCGACCACAAGCGCUACUUCCGGGACAAGGAGGGGCUCCGGGACUUCUACCUGGACCAGUUCCGCCCCAAGGAGAACUCGCCGCACUGGGAGCACGUGGACCUGACCGACAUCUACAAGGAGCGCGGCGACGACUUCAAGCGCGACUCGGUCGGCGGCGGCGGGCCCUGCACCAACAGGGCGCACCUCAAACACGGGACGGGCGACAAGCACGGCGUGGUCGGCGGGGUCCCGGCGCCCUGGGAGAAGAACCUGACCAACGUGGACUGGGAGGAGCGCUCCGGGGGCAACUUCUGCCGCAGCUGCCCCUCCAAGCUGCACAACUACUCGGCGACGGUGGCGGGGCAGAACUCGGGCCGGCAGGCGUGCAUCCGCUGCGAGGCGUGCAAGAAGGCGGGCAACCUAUACGACAUCAGCGAGGACAACUCCCUGCAGGAGCUGGACCAGCCGGCCGCGCCGGCGGCCGUGACGUCGGGCGCCCCCGCCGGCAAGUACCCGCAGAGCCCGACCAACUCCAAGGCCCAGAAGAAGACCCGGAACAAGCUGCGGCGGCAGCACUCCUACGACACCUUCGUGGACCUGCAGAAGGAGGAGGCCGCCCUGGCCCCGCGCAGCGUCAGCCUGAAAGACAAGGGCCGCUUCCUGGACGGGAGCCCCUACGCCCACAUGUUUGAGAUGCCAGCCGGCGAGAGCUCGUUUGGCAACGGCAAGGCGGCGGCGCCCGCGGCGGGACACCCCCACCACAGCAACCCCAGCGGCGGCUACAUGCUCAGCAAGUCGCUCUACCCCGACCGGGUCACGCAGAACCCUUUCAUCCCCACUUUCGGGGACGACCAGUGCUUGCUCCACGGCAGCAAAUCCUACUUCUUCAGGCAGCCCACGGUGGCGGGGGCGCCGAAGGCCAGGCCGGACUUCCGUGCCCUGGUCACCAACAAGCCGGUGGUCUCGGCCCUGCACGGGGCGGUGCCAGGCCGUUUCCAGAAAGACAUCUGUAUAGGGAACCAGUCCAACCCCUGUGUGCCUAACAACAAAAACCCCAGGGCUUUCAAUGGCUCCAGCAAUGGGCAUGUGUAUGAGAAACUUUCUAGUAUUGAGUCUGAUGUCUGAGUGAGGGAAGAGAGAGGCGAAGGUGGGUACGGGAGGGUCGGGCUGUGGGCGUGUGGUGCGCAUGUCACGGAGGGUGACGGGGGUGCACUUGGUUCCCAUUGGCUCCUUUCUUGUCGUUUUAAUUUCGUUAUGGGAUCCUGGAGUUCCGAUUCCUUCUGAGGGCGACCCGGGUGUCCAGCACCACCUCUGCUCCCUUUCCGGUCCCCUCCCCCCUCCCCGUCUGUCCAUCAUUCCCCUUCCCAGUUCCCGCCAGAGGAUGCGGAGGGCUCGCUGGGCGGGCGAGGGCAAAGUGGAGAAGUGGCCGCACGCGAGCUUCCCCUGGCGCGGAAGGACUCUGCCACCCACUUCGAGUGCAGCGUGGAGAAGCGGAAGGAGGCCACGGGAGCGCAGGAUAGCUCUUCCCAAACUGAUCUUUAUGUUUAGGUGAGAAAGCAGAAGCAUCCAAAUAAGAUCAUUUAGCAUACCGCUUGAGAAUGAAAAGAGGCUUUUGCUAAAUUCUCGUUGCUGAGAUGGCGUCUGUUUGGGGAUCCUGCACCAGGCAGAGGGUGGGUGGCCAUGUGUGUUUAUAUAUAAGCCAAAAAGAUGUUUGCUUCAACUCCUCGAGACUUAGUGGUGGUGCAUUAGAGUGAAAGUCAUUGACUGACGGUGAAAAGUACACCAUAGCAGUGUUACCGGGUGCAUUGGAGGUGAGGGAGGAGGAAUUGCGUGUGCAUUUGUGUCCGUGUACACUUGCACACACGUGAGGUACAUACACACCUGGAGUCGGGGCCGAGUCAUGUGGAGAAGGCACCCUUGACUCAUAAUGCUGUUUCUUUCAAUAUCCAUUAGCAACGUGCUGAUUUUGGCUUAUAUACAAACAGAGAUGGUCUGUGUUACCAGAAUUUAGGCUGUCUCUCCCCUUCACCCUUCCUGCAUGAGGAGAAUGGAAGUUCUUGCUGGAGAAGUUGCCAAGGUCUAGACAAAAGCGUGGGUGACAACCCUACUGAAGCAAGGUACAACAAUAAUUCCUUCCCAGUUGCCAAUCCUUUCAACCAGUUUUCGGCCAAGAACUUUCCAGGAAGGCUAAAGGGAAAUGAAAGCAGCCAUGAUUCCUUGGCCCACAUGUGGGAGCAGAAGAUUCUGUAGGGCUCCUUUGAGCUUCUUAGACCCUUGGCUGGCCAGUGAUGGGGGAGGAGCUAAGCAAGGCUUUGAAGGAUAGAGGGGUCGUCUGUGGUGGGGUAAGUGAGAGAGGGGGAUGUUUUCAGUGCUUUGAUCCCUUCUUACUUAACCUGGAGCUGGGAGAGCAGGCUUGUCCCCCCCGAAUUGGUCACGGUCAAUGUGGAACAGGCAGCGAAGAGGAGUGAGCUUGUUCCAUGAGUACCGCUCAGGAAGCGUGGAGGGAAGGGAAGAGGCUUGGAAAGGGAAAGGGAGGCAGGGAGGGAUUCCCCCCGCUACCCCAUUGGGUCUGGCUCCCUGAGAAGGUGACCUUGAACCCAGUGUGGACACUCUCUGUAGAAGCCCCUCCACCUUCCUGCAACACCUCCUUACACCUCCUUUCCCUCCCAGAUUGUAUCAUUCAUGAAUAAAUAUAUUUAUACACACACACACACACACACACACACACACAACUCCAGGGAUGAGGGUACUUGCAGACGCGAUGCCCCCUUCACUAAAAGUUGGAAACUUGAGAAGGGUGAUGAAUACUUGUCACUGCCAGUCCUGAAACGUGGGGUAGGCGUGUUCUGUGGGUCAGAUCCACUGCCCCGCCAUCCUCCCCUCACCCAGGGUGGCAGCCAAAGAGCCAAAGGGUCGGUUUGGAAGCCUGACUGCAGGACCUCCAUGUUGCACACAGGACACAUAAACCAGAAAGGUGCUCAUCCUCCUCCGGAAGGAAGCUGCCGUGUCUCUUCGAGUCGCCCCGCCCCGACGCACCGCCCUCCCUCCCCCUCCCCCUGACUGCCGCCCCUGCCCUCCUCCUUGAUUUUUACCUCAGUAUCUUUCAUUUUCCAGCCAACCGAAGGCCUUGUAAAGUUUUGUUUUCUUUCUAGAACGAACCUGGGGGCAAGGGGCUGAACCUCUCCCAGAUCUGGAGAGAGGAGCACGGAGUGCUUUACCUUAGAUUCAAGGGAUGACUGAGAGCGAGGACAGAGGGCUUGAGUCUCCAGGAGGAAGAAGGCGAAGGGCCAUAGAACAUUCUUCACCCUGACUCUCGCGGGUCAGGGGCUCCUCCCCUCACUCCUCCUCUUACCUCACCCCUUUCAAAUAAAAACCAAACCAACUAACCUAGCGAACAGCAAUCUAGAACAAAGGGGGCGCUGUCAUCUCCGCCGGUGACAGA